AUGGAGGAGGGAUUCAUCGACCCGAACGAAGUCUUCAUCGAGCUCGGGGACGACGGCGACCAGCUGAUGGAUGAAGAUGACGAAGGCGAGGCGGACGGCGCGCCGGCGGACGAGUCCAUCGUGUACGAGGACAACUCGAUGCAGCACUUCUCUGGGCACACCGGGUCCGUGUUCGCAGUUUCCACGCACCCCGUCGCACCGCUGGCCGCAUCGGGCGGGGAGGACGACCUCGGAUACAUCUGGGACUACACGACGGGCGAGGAGAUCGUGAAGCUGACGGGGCACGCGGACAGCGUGACGAGCACGGGGUUCAGUGCGGACGGCGAGAUGAUCGCGACCGGUGGCAUGGACGGGCGCGUGCGCGUGUGGAGAAGGGUGGGGAAGGAGAAUUGGAGGACGUGGGAGUUCUUGACGGAGGUGCAGGGCCCGGAUGAGGUUAUGUGGCUCAGAUGGCAUCCCAAAGGAAACGUACUCCUCGCCGGCUCUAAUGACUCAACAGUAUGGCUAUGGCAACUACCGUCAGGCAACACCAUGCAAGUCUUCGCAGGCCACACAGCGCCUGUGCAGUGUGGCGACUUCACACCCGACGGCAAGCGAAUCAUCACUGCCGACGCCGAAGGCACGCUCAUCUUCUGGGAUCCACGCAACCCCACGCCGGUGUUCAAGCUCUCGCCCUCCGACGCGCGGUUCGACAUGGACGGCAUCACAUCGCUCGCGGUGAACCCCGCGAGUACGCUCGCCGUCGUUGGCGGUACCACGGGCAGCGUGCGCGUCGUGAGCCUGAGUAGGGGUGACGUGGUUGGCGCUCUUGGCGGACACAAAGAGGGUGAGAGCGUAGAGGCAGUCGCGUUUGUGGACGUUGCGGGCCCGACGGGCACAACGACGGCGAGCGGGGUGGUCGUUACUGGCGCGACCGAUGGGAAGGCGUGCAUAUGGGAUCUGGGCACGAUGCGCUUGCGGGCGACGCUAGAGCAUGAGGACGCGGUCACCUCGCUGCUCCGCCUACCUCCGCCAAAAGCACACAUGAUCGUGUCUGCCUCGGCGGACAAGACAUUGCGGACUUGGGAUGCGCGUACCGGCACACUUGUCCGCGAGCACAAAGGCCAUCGUGGGCCCAUCCUGCAGGCUGCACUCGGGCUUGGGGGAGGAGUGGUCGUCAGUGCGGGUGACGAUGGCGUGUGUCUGGUGUUUCCGACGGAAUAG